UGUUAGUAUUUACUCUUUGGUUGGUCUACUGUAGAUGUUCUCUGCUCGCUUCAAUCAGUCGCCUUUUCCUGCACAGCUGCCAGUCUGCUGGUACUUUUACCUUCAUGUACAGUUAUGGCAGGUACCAGCAAAACUGAAAAGGUUCGGCUGCACGCCCCAGAUUUAGAGGAACUGCGUGGUGUGUUACAAGCAGGACUGGAAGACAACUUUGCUGAAGUUCAGGUGAGUGUUGUGGAGUGUCCAGAUCUCACCAAAGAGCCCUUCCAGUUUCCUGUCACAGGCUUGUGUGGAAAGCCUCGCAUCACUGAUGUUGGUGGCGUGCCGUACCUGGUCCCCUUGGUUCAGAAGCACAAGGAAUACAACAUGAACACCCUAUCAAAGGAGCUGGAGCUGCCAGGAGCCUUCGUCCUUGGUGCAGCAGGUGCUCCCAGCAGAAUUGUUGGAAUGAAUGCAGAGCUGAUGCCUCUGGUUCUGACCGAAGCAGAGGGAAGGCCUGCAGUGAACAGCAGCUAUAUAUCCUCCAUCAAUCCAGCUGAUGGCCAGUGUCUGCAAGAAAAAUACAGUAGCAAAUUCUCUGACUGCAACUUCGGACUGCUCGGCAAUCUGUACGCUUGUGAAGGGAAGUCUGGAAAGGUCCUAGAGGUGCGGGCCAAGAAGAGAACAGGAGGCCACAGUCUUGUGACAGCUAUGAGGAACACGCUUGAAACUCACUACCCUGAUAAAAGCCUGGCUCUGGGAGGCACCUUCAUCAUCCAGAAAGGAAAAGCUAAAAUCCACAUCAUGCCAAGAGAGUUCUCUGUGUGCCCCCUUAACACCAACGAUGACGUCAACAACUGGCUCAAGCACUUUGAAGUCAGUGCCCCCCUCAUCUGCCAGUCAGUGCUGGUAUCCAGAGACCCUGGUUUGGACCUGCGUGUAGAGCACACCCACUGCUUCAGCCACCACGGAGAAGGUGGCCACUACUACAUAGACACCACACCCGACAGCGUGGAGUACCUGGGCUACUUCAUGCCUGCAGAGUUUGUCUACCGCAUCGACAGGCCCGAAGAGACCCAUGGAGUUGGACGGGACUGAAAGAUGAAUGAAUGAAUGAAUUGUGUUUGCAGCAGCACAGCAUCUCUUGAUAAUCUAAAUUAAUCAAGCAGCGUGUGAUUUAUUUUAGGUUCUAUGUAUUCUAAAACUGCAUAAAAACUUAAAUGUUCUCAUAAAUAGGCAUCAUUUCUGUAAAUCUUUGCUCUUAAAUCACAUCUCUGAAACGUAUUGUACAUUUCUUAUAAACAAAAUCACUACAUUUCAUGUAAUAAAAACAAUGUUGAAUUUGGA